ACAUAACGCAGGCCCACUCCACAUCGCUUUUAGGUGAGCUCGUUUCCUCUGAAUUCCUAGCAACUGAAGUUUUUCUUCGUUUCCAGAUUCCAACUCCGAGUGCAAAGAUUCAGAUUCCAACCUCCGAUCUGCUACUCUCCGCCGCGGCUCACAACGACGAUCAUGUCGACGAUGAAGGAGAAGCUCGGCGACCUCGGCACGACCGCCAAGGAGAAGGUCACCGAGGCGAAAGCCAAGGGCGGCGAGAUGAUGGGCAAGGGCAAGGCGGAGACGCAGGAGACUGUUGACAAGGCGAAGCACCCACUCAGCCACCAGGCGCACGAGGCGGCGGACGCGAAGGAGGCGAGCGACGAAGACGCGCGGAGGUGGGGAAGGAGGAGCAAGUCGCGGGGGCCAAGAUGGGCGCUGCGGGGGAGAAGGAGGCGCGGCACCUUAAGCACCAGACUGGCUUGAAGUAAAUACUUCAAGGGUGAUUGAAACACGGCUGGGGAGUUGGGAUGACACGCGGCUGGGGAGUUGGGAUGACACGUGCAACAGCAAGAUUGGCUACUAUGAUGAAGUCUGUGAUGGUUGCAUGGCUGCACUGCAUGGCUGCUAGAUUUCCACCUGGCAGACAAUACCCCGAGAUUUGUGGACUUUCAGUUCAGCUUCAUUUUGUCACUGUACUGUGGCUGGGCAGGAUUGCUCGCACUGGUGGUUGCCCAGCAACGCCACUAGGUCUAGGUCCUAGUCCCUAGUGGUUGAAUACGCUGCUAGACCUAGCUUUGCUGCUAGCUCUAGUAGUUGCUUACGCUUCUAGCCUAGCUUGAUUGGCUGCCAGUUUAGUAGUUUUGACUACGCUGCUAGUCUUGCUUGCCUCAGUGGCUAGCUCUAGUAGCUGAUUACACUGCUAGGAUAGUUUGCCUGAUUGGCUGCUGGCCUAGUAGUUGCCUGCCUUACUUGAUAUGGUGGGUUUUUACAAGUUUUCUCUUCAAAUCCUCCAGCU